AUGGAUACCGUCGCGACUACGAGCCACAUUUCUGCAGCGGAAGCGCGUCAACCACUACAAGAACCUCAACUGACGGCUAAAGACGUCAAUGACGACAUUCCAUUGAAGAAACAGUGCGUGAAUCUUCCCUCGGAACAAAUGGACGACGACAGGACAUCCAACUACUCGUUUCAUGACGGCACUCCUGGAGACGAAGACGACUUCACUCAAGUCACAGUGCGGAAAAAUCGCCCCGCCGGAAUCCCACUGAUUAUCAAGCCAAAAGAACAGGGAACCUCGUUCUGGAAAAUCAACCCCAACAGAAUAGCAAAAGAAAUCGUGACAGUAUCCCAAGAGAAAUUACUAGCACCUCGCAUAAGGAAAGAUGGCACAAUCACGGUCAACACGGCGACGCUGAACUCAACGAACAGGCUUCUUAUGAUGAAAUCUCUUGUCGGAAUCGACGUGACAGUGACCGUGUCCGAGUCAUACACGCGCAAUGUUGGCAAGGUCAACAACAUUCCUGUCCAAUACUCAGACUACGAACUGCUAGACUACCUGAAGGACGCCUGUGUCAUCGCAGUCCAACGACAAAUUGCAUACUCAAGAAAAGAAGACGGCAGCAUGGAGCAACACCCAACAGAAAGUGUCCUUCUUCACUUUCCACAAAAUCACCAAAUGCCUGCACGGGUCCUAUUGGGCUUCACCAGUCAUCCUGUGAUGGAGUACUUUGGAACCCCGGUACAGUGCUUUCGAUGCCAACGACAUGGGCAUCUCGCAAGACACUGUCGCGGCCAACAGAGAUGCAAGGUGUGCGCUGGACCACACAGCUACAAGGACUGCAUGGACAAAACUAAUCCAAAGGGCUUUCCAACACAUCAGAAGCUCGCCUUACUUAUUUAUAUACUUGCAAGAAGUUUAAGAGUAUGCUUAGGUCUUCCGCGAGCAACAUCCAGUGCGCUUGUACUCGCUACAGCCAAAGAACCACCAGUAACUAUCCUAAGAAUCCAGGAAGUAUGUCGUAAUUUUUUUAGACUUUCUGCGCGGCCAUUUUUUAUUGAAAUUCUUUCUCGCAAAGGGACGAACUUUCUUCGAACAUUAAAUUUCGUGCCCCUAUUAAUCCCUGAACAAACACACUGGGUUCAGGACAUUCAUAAGCCACCAUGGAAGCUACCAUUACUAGACGUCCACAUGAACAUUCCAGGCAUGGAAACAAAAGCCUCGGUCAAUACACACGUUGCAAGGACAUUGACUCUUGCACAUCUACAGCAUAAAUACGACGACAACAUCCACGUGUAUACCGACGGAUCAACCAAGGAUGAAGGAUCAACAUCAGCAUUUGUGGUACCCCAGUUCAACCAUUCGUCAUCCUUUCGGUUGUCACAUCAUACUUCUUCAACUACCGCAGAAUUGCAUGCUUUACUUGCGGCUGCAAUAUACAUCAAAAAUAGCUCAACAGCGAAUUCCUGGGUUAUAUGUACGGACUCCAAGCCUGCACUACAAUCCAUUAAUACCCUGAACACUCGCAACGAAAAUAUGGCUCUUGUGUACCGAAUUUGUGAAGAACUUGGGGAAGCAAUAAGGAUUGGACAUACGGUACACCCUCAAUGGGUUCCUGGACAUAGCGGUAUUUUAGGAAACACCCAAGCUGACCAACUGGCUACGGAUGCAUAUACAAGCAACAACUUUCAGCUCACACCUUUUACAAAAAGCGAUGCCAAGCGGUACAUUCGUUGUCUGAUAAACAUGAUGUCCCCUGACACAUGGCUCAAGAGCAUCUCGGAACAGAGCCUACUCCUUCUAAUUGAUCCAGACCUUCGGUGCCCAGUCCAUAAUUACUUGAGCAGACCUAUUGAAACACUAAUUCAUCGCCUACGACUAAAUGUUGCGUACACCGGCAAAUUUCUUUACCGAAUUCAACAGGUGGAAACACCGAGCUGCACGUGUGGCCACCCCGUGGAAGACGUCGAGCACAUAAUAAUGGACUGUCCCAGAUACGACCAGUGGCGAACUCGAUUACGAGUUGGACUAAGCAUACUCGACAGUCGCUCUUUUUCUUUGGCCAAAGUUUUAGGACCUUGGCCGGACUUAAAAGGCCAGAAGAGGGCAUCAACUUUACCACGUGAUUUUUUUACUGACACAAAGAUAGUUUACAGAUAUUAG